AAGUGUUUCUGGACUAACAUGGAGGUGCAAAGGCCCGAAAUGGAAACUAACAGAGCUCGAAAUCAUACAGCAAUCCUCAGUGCUCCACCCGAUGACCCGACUCAUGUGUCUACACCUGCUCCACGAUGUUGCCAGUCAAUCAGUUUGCUGGAAAAUGAGAAGACCGGUGACGUCCUGCUGUUCUCAGGACUGUUCCUAACCCUCCUGGGUGUCACCUUUACCGCUAUGGGCUGGUAUUACUACAAAUCCAACCCUGACUUUGAGUGGACCCAACUGCUGGGCCCCGUCCUGAUCUCCGUCGGAGGCACGUUCGUGCUCACCAGUGUCUGCAAGUUUGGGAUCAUCUUGCCGUGUAGAGAGCGGGACAAAAGCGUGUUCAUGAUGCCUGUGAUGGAGCAAACUUCAGUGGGACAUUCUUUCAGGUUAAGAGCCAUAAAUCAGUCGACCGUGUUAUAUAACGCCACGGCAAUGCUUUGUUUCCCAGCUCAGUAUAACUUUACAACCCAGGAAGUACGCCAGGCCAGAGAGUUGCAGAAUGGCGUCCACGCAGCCUGUCCUCCACCGAACGCCGCGCACUGUGUGGACAACGCAGCUUUCGCAGCAGAAGAAGAAGAAGAAAGCUCGGUUUACUACACAGAAAUAGACGACAGAAGAAGCAGGAUUGAGAAGACUUAUGAAGGAGGACGUGGAGACCAGAGCGAUGCUACCUGUUCACCUCCACCUGCAUAUGAAGACCUCUACCCCUCCUUUAACAAACACAAUCUGACAUAAACGUGAGGAAUUUCUCAGCUGACACUCUUCCUCAUUCUUGUGUUCUUGAAACGCUCACGUCAGAGUGAUCUGAUUAAUAGUCCUGCAGGACAAAACUUUUAACGUCCCCGGUAUUUCAUUCCACAGCAACACAAGAGAAACGUUUGCAUUCCUCUCACAGCUGUUUUCAUCAUAAUUAUAUACGAAGUCAUAAGAUCCACUAGGAUGAAGCUCUCUUGAAGAAAACCUCAUUAAAGAUUUAUGGACAAAUGCAGCUCAAUCUUUGGGCUUUAGAGUUCUGGAAACUCAGAGAUACAAAAUGUGUAUUCAGUGUAAAAAAAACACAUAUUUUUCUCUCAAUAGCUGCAGAAACCACUGUACAGUAUGCAUGCCCAUUAAAUACCCACAUGGGGACAAUUUGGAAGAGAUAUACUUAUGCUGGGAGAAAAAUUAACAUCAAAACAGGAAAAAGUCAUAAUGUUAAUUUACCAUUUAGUUUUAAUUGUUCUCAUAUUUGUGUGUGGUGUUUAAAAAGACCAUGAAAGUCAAAGGAAGAUCAUCUCAACGUGAGCAAAUUUCUAAAUAAUUAGAAUUAAAAACUGCUACUUCUACUUAUAAUAAUAAUGAUGAUAAUAAUGAUGAUAAUAAUAGGUCAUAAUAAAGCCAGCAAUCCACUC